UCAUUCACAUAACAAACAGUGAAACUUUUUGUGCGGGUGAGAACAGAAGAAGAAGCCUCUGGAAGCGUAGAGGAAAACCUAACUGAGCUCAAAUCCACCAUUUCUCUAUCUCUCUCAAAUUCUCCGCAAGAUUCAGGUUCCGAUUCCAGCUUCUAGAUAUGUGUCAGAUGAAUUUGGUGAAACUGAUGAUCAGAUAGUGCCUCCAGCCGGUGACAGGCAUAAGGACCAGUCCACAAUACAGUGUGAUAGCUGUAAGAAAUCACUUCAUGAACUGCUGAUUAUGUGAGUAGCUAUUGUACUCAGGGUAAAGAGGGAUUGUCUCAACAAAUCUGAAUAAAUAAGAAAGAAUGUCGGAGAAAGGUUCAUGGUCUCACAAACCUGAAGAUCUGCUUUCUCCAUGUGUUGGUGAUUCAUGCAAAGAACAGAAAAGGGAAACAUCAGAUAAUAGAAGUAUGUCUGAUCAUUAUUUCAAGAGCAGCAAUUUAGAUUCUACUGGUGGUGAACUUUGUGCGGAUGAUACUAUCUUAGGAGACAAGUGUUUGAUGGAGGAUGAUACUGUGUCUCAAUAUUCAAUCAGUCACAUAUCUCAACCUGAUAAUGAACUUAGCUUCCUUGAUAAUGAUGGGUGGCUUGAUUUUGGAAACUUUGAAGAUAUUGAUAGGACGAUGCUAAAUUGUGACUUAACUUUUGGAAUGGGGAGCCUCAAUAAUGAAGAGGAGUUCUGCUGGCUCUCAUCUUCACAUGGAACUGAGGGAUCUGAUGAUGCACUGAAAUCUGACUUCAAGUUUUCAUCUGCUGAAGCAAGUCCAUUCAAAAGUAUAUCAGAUAAUAAUAUCAACCCAAAUGAAAAUAUUGAAGGUCUGACAAUUCAUGAUUGCAGCAGAAAGGCAUCUCCUAUUAAUAAAAAUCUGAAGUCUCAGAUGAAUGUCGACCAUGAUGCUGUUCCUGCUUCGUUAUCAAUGUUCAGUGAAUCAGACAUGACGUUCGGUGUUGAAGAUGGCUUGGUGCAUAAACCAAAGAUUGAAAGGAAGCUGUCAAAGCCAUCAACAGGAAAGAGAAAAAACGGCUACCUAAAUAAUGGUGAUUCUGAUCACCCCUCUACUCAUGUAGAGCAAUAUGCAAAUCUGAAGCAAUCCUUUGGAGACUCUUCCAGUGGAGUUACUUCUCAGGAUAGCAUCCACAAGCGCAGACCAAGCACUGAUUCUGAAUCUUUAGGAUGUAUACAGAUACAAACUCCCCUAAUGAACGCAGAGUAUAGUCAUACUCAUACUUCAAAAUAUACUUCCCUCCUUCCACCUUUUUCUGUAUCUAGGUCUGAACAUGAUGGACAUCCAUCUCCUUCUUUCAAAGAUCCAUCAUAUGCAUCAAACAUGGACAUUUCUCAUGGUCAUCCUUUGGAGGCUGCUGCCUUGAAAACAAAUGAUAACAGCAGAAAUCCGUGUCUCUUCCAUGAUACAGAACUGCUAAGUGGGGGUUUCAAAAGUGAAAAUAUUCAAAGUUCUACGCCAUUCAAAAGUCCAGGUCCAGCUCAGAAGGUAGGUCACCGGUUUGAAGAUGAGAAUGAAGGCCAUAGUGAAGUUGGAGGAACUAGCAUAGGGUUUUCACAAGAAAUAGAGUCAUCAAAUGUGCAGGAAAAUUCAUCUAUGAGCCCUGCACUGGAUAAAGUUUCACAUCAAACAAACAGCUUUUGCCAGCUGCAACAGAUCAUGGAUCAGUUGGACAUCAAAACCAAACUAUGUAUAAGGGACAGUCUAUACCGUUUGGCUAAAAGUGCUGAACAAAGACAUAAUGAUUCCAAUGCAAGUGGUCAAAUGGGUGAUGAUGUUGAUAUGGCACAAGAUGCAAACAGGUAUACUGGAUUCGCGAACAUGGAAACUGAUACAAAUCCCAUUGAUCGGUCUAUCGCACACUUGCUGUUCCACAGACCCUCAGAUUCAUCAAUGUUGCCCAUUAAUGAUCCUUUAUCGUUCAAAUCUAGUUCGACGAUGCAUGGAUUGGUGAUCAAUGCACCAAUAAUGACUGAGAAACAGGCUUGUCAAGAAGAAUCUUCUGCUGGAGUAGAAAAGAACUCUUUAGGGGUAGCACCUAAUGAGAUCUGAAUUUAACGUUGGCGCUAUUGGCUUACAAUGCUAUGCUAAGCCACAAGAUCGUGUUAUGAUGUGUAAUUAUUCAAAGCUUACUCAGAUCCCUUAGUGAUUAAUGUUUUUGUAUUUGAUACCAUUUUACUCAUGUAUAGUGUUGCUGAUCAUCUAUUUAAGGUAGCGUAUAUGAUGUAGAUUGUAGAAUAGAGGAGUGCUAGCAACACUCACUUUGCCACUCUCUUUUACUACAUCUACAACUCUGCAUGUAAAGAUACAUUUUUACCGUGCAGGCCGUUGAUUAGUAGUCUCUUGUUAGCCUACUGAGUUUGUGGACAUUUUCCAAAGCUGGGAAAAUGAAUCGAUUCUAGAACUCGUAUAUACCAUAUUAGUUUUUCUUGUCGUGUA